GUGUUAAAAAAAGUUUAAGCUUCAAAAAAAAGUUGUAAGACUUUUUCUUACUCAAAAUGGGAAGAGACUGCCACGGUGGUGGCCGCGGUGGAGCCUUCUCUUCCUCUAAGUCAAAGAAAACAGCAAAUGGAUGCAUGGCUGCUUUUUACCACUUAUUUGAUCACCUCACUAUUGAUUCUCCUUCAAGGUCAAAAGGCUUGAAGUUAAUAGAAGAGUCUCUACCAUCAACAACUUACAAGGACAAACAAAGUUUGAACAUUCCAGUAAGCAUGAGAGUGAGAACAGAGACAGGGACAAAGAGUUCAAGACUCAGAGCUCUUGCGACUGAUACUUCAACUUCUUCAUCUGAAAUCUGUAACUCACCAGGAAGCAAAACACCAAACUUGGUGGCUAGACUAAUGGGUCUUGAUCUUCUUCCUGACAAAACUAACCUAAACCAUUCACUGUCAGAUCUUCAUACAAUGUCGAGUCAUCAUGGAUCAAGUCAUAGACUUUCCAAGAAAGGGACACGAUCUUUACCGGUGAGCCCUAGAAUCUCCUCUGCUCGGAAAUCGGAUUUCGACAUUCAUCGCCUCUCUCUUCAGCUGAACAAAGAGAAAGAGUUUGGGUGUUCAAAGCUGAAACAAGAUCAAGAGGAGAGUCAUAGUCCGAGAGAUUACGCGAGGCAGAUAGUUAAACAAAUCAAAGAGAGAGUCGUCACAAGAAGAGUCGUCGGUAUCGAUAUAACAAACUCGGUGAAGAACAGAGAAGCAAGACCAUCACAUGAGCUUAGAAGAGAUACAACAGUUUCUUGCUCACCAAGAACUAGGUUUUCAGAUAAAGAGAACAAACAAAGCACCAGUUAUAAACCUAAUUCCUCUUCUUCUUCCAGACAAGAACCGAUCAUUCAGAAGCCAAAGCCAAAGCCAACAACAGUGAUUCUUGUUUCAGUGUCAAAAGCCUCUGGUGAGAAACAGAGCCAGAACAGAGUAAAACAAAGGCAACUAAAACCAAUCAACUUAUGCAAGAAGGCAGAGAGUGAAACAAGACGUCCCAUAAAGCCUUCUCCUACAUCAGAUAUUCGAAACAGGAAGCGAGAGGCUUUCUUGUCUGAAUCAACAGACGUGAAAGCCAAGCCUUUACACAAGAAGAAGUUCAAGAAAAUACCAAAGUCAAAUGAUCUUGAAAACAUCUCUGCGACAAGACCUCCUCAGAAACAGAUUAACGAAAGAGAUCGAUUAAUAUCGAAUGAAGUAGCAUCGAUUCGCUCUAGUUUGAUGCCAAAAAGCGAGAAGACUAGUCCACAAGUAUCGAUAAAUCACAAAUUAAACGAUGAAUCCACUGGAAUAGAUUCUGAAAAAGACUACAUCACAAGAAUAAUGAAUCUUGCGGGAAUCAAGAAUGACUCAUCAACAACAAUGCUCGAUCCUUCGAUUUUCCGCAAACUAGAGCAUUUUGGAGAUUAUCCAUCAGGAAGAUUGGCUCUGGGAUGGAAUCGGAGGCUAUUGUUCGAUCUAGUGAACGAGAUUCUGAUUGAAAACGUGGCAAAACAACGCGAAAACUAUCCGGGAUCGGAGCUAAUCAGCGAGCUCUGUUCCGCUGUUGCGAGAUAUAGUAGUAAGUGUUGUCCCCUUCCUGAAGAGAUUGCUUUAAUGGAAGUUGAUCAUAUUGUAGAGAAGAAGAAGCUUGAAGAGGAAGGAGAAGAGAUCAUUGCAGAGAUUGAGCGGGAGAUCAUAGACAAGCUCGUGCGAGAAACUUUGUCCGAAUUGAGUCUUAACCAGAGACAAAGCAAAACGACGUCGCCACGUCGGUAGUAAUAUAAUUUGUGGGCCUAU